UAGUAGUCCAGUACUUAACCCUUUGAACCAGCAGCUCCUGCCCCCUCUCUGGCCGCCCCUUGGAGCCUGCUCAGCCCAGCUUGACCAAUGUCCACAACCAGGUGAGCACCUCCUCUGCUUCGAUCCCCAGCCUUACCCCUGUGCAGCUCCACGCCCGCUGAAUGCCCUCUUCCCCCAGGGAGCAGCCCAUCUUCAGCACACGAGCUCACGUAUUCCAGAUUGACCCGGCCACCAAGCGGAACUGGAUCCCCGCGGGCAAGCACGCCCUCACCGUCUCAUACUUCUACGAUACCACCCGCAAUGUCUACCGCAUCAUCAGCAUCGGGGGCGCCAAGGCCAUCAUCAACAGCACCGUCACCCCCAACAUGACCUUCACCAAAACUUCCCAGAAGUUCGGGCAAUGGGCAGACAGUCGUGCCAAUACAGUCUAUGGCCUUGGCUUUGCCUCUGAGCAGCAUCUGACCCAGUUUGCCGAGAAGUUCCAGGAAGUGAAGGAAGCAGCAAGGCUUGCCCGGGAGAAGUCUCAGGAUGGGGGGGAGCUCACAAGCCCAGCCCUGGGGCUUGCCUCCCACCAGGUGCCUCCAAGCCCCCUUGUCAGCGCCAACGGCCCCCCCAGCGACGAAAAGCUGUUCCGCAGCCAGAGCGCGGACGCCCCUGGCCCUGCGGAGCGCGAGCGGCUCAAGAAGAUGCUGUCCGAGGGCUCGGUGGGCGAGGUUCAGUGGGAGGCCGAGUUCUUUGCGCUGCAGGACAGCAACAACAAGCUGGCAGGCGCCCUGCGAGAAGCAAACGCGGCGGCGGCACAGUGGAGGCAGCAGCUGGAAGCCCAGCGCGUGGAGGCCGAGCGGCUGCGGCAGCGGGUGGCUGAGCUGGAGGCCCAGGUAGCCGCAGAGCAGCCCGCGGUGGGUGAGGAGCCCAGGCAGUCACUGGAGCAGUUGGAGGCAUUAGUGCAAACCAAGGACCAGGAGAUCCAGACACUGAAGAGCCAGACUGUGGGGCCCCGGGAGACCCCAGACGCUGCCGAGCGCGAGGAGACGCAGCAGAAGGUGCAGGACCUGGAGACACGGAAUGCAGAGCUGGAGCAUCAGCUGCGAGUGUCAGAGCACAGCCUGGAGGAGGCGCGGGCCGAGCGGGAGCGGGCACGGGCUGAGGUGGUGCGGGCCACACAGCUGCUGGAUGUCAAACUGUUUGAGCUGAGCGAGCUGCGUGAAGGCCUGGCCCGCCUGGCCGAGGGCACGCCAUGA